AAUUCGAAAUGGAGCACCAUGAAGACUCUGAUGCAGUCCAAGAUGACAAUCUGGAUGAUCAAAGUGCAGAAAAUGAGGAAGCUGAAUAUGAACAUGAUGUAAAUUUUGACGACAACUAUCUGCCACCCGAGAUUGUUCAACAACUUCCCUCGGCGCAAAAAUGCCUUAUAUGUUUAAGUCACAUACGCGACAUUGUAUUCCUGGAAUGCGGCCAUCUGUUGUUCUGUCAGCACUGUGUCAUAUUCUACCAGCGAUGUCCAGUUUGCGAUAUAAAGGUGAAAACCUGGCUUAAAGCAAUGUGGGACAUCGAAACAAACCAAUAGGGUACAGAUCACUGUAUGUGUCAUGUCAAUUUUGAUGCAAACUGUAUUCAGAUUAUACAUUCCAUUGUGAUAUAGAUGUAGAUAAUUGAUUUUUAUAUGUAAGACUGUGUAAUUAUUGUUUGUUGACGCUUUUAAUUCUAUUAAUCAAAAUUGCUAACGUAUAGUUACGGACAGUUUACCUUGGGUUUUGUGUGACAGUGUUGUAUUGUUUACAUAAAAACUUCAUUUUGAUUGUUAAAUUUGUCUUGAUAAAACAUACUUUGUUUUGUAAAAAUAUAUCUUAUUCUUGUAUAUUAAGAUUAAAUGUGCAUGCCGUAAGAGGUACGCUACUAGGAAUAAUAUAUCUCGUGAA